UGUCCCUCCAGCUGCUGCACCUUACACGCUUUUAUCUGGUUGGAGGGUAUAUGCAUUUCGGCGGCGGCCAUUUUAUUAAAGACCAAAAGCUGCUGUUAUUGUCAUGAAUUAUUUGACUCCGGAAUAAUGGUCGCUCAGGGGGUUACAGCGCUAUCUGCUGUGCAAUCUCUUGUGUUACCAGCUGUAAUAACGAGCAGCGAAGAGAUAUAUUAGGUUCUACCAAAGCAGAGUGGAAACAGGAGGUCAUAAGUGAUCCUGGGGGAUGUGCUGCGUAUUGUGAAAGGCGGUAGCUGAUUAUCCAAGAACAUGGCAUCUCAGAUUAAGGACAAAGAAGCAUUUCAACGACUCAACUUUCUUUACCAGGCUGCACAUUGUGUUUUGGCUCAAAACCCAGAGAAUGUGGAACUUGCUCGAUUUUAUUGCCAUACAGAACGAACGAUUAGCAAGCGCUUAGUGCUGAGACAGGAUCCAUCUAUCAAAAGAACCAUUUGUAAGAGGUGUAGUUCUCUCCUUCUUUCUGGAAUCACAUGUACUGUCAGACAAAAAAAACGUCGGGGGCAGCGGCAGACUGUUGUGAGAUGUCUGAGUUGUGGCCUCACUAAACGCUUCCUAAAUAACCCAAACUACAAGCUGUGGUGUGAGCAGCCAGAAGCUCAGCUGGAAAAUCAGCCAAAGCCAGAUGCAAAUCCUGUCUCGCACCAAGACCAACCGAAAGAUGGAGGAUCAUCUUCUGCCAAAACAGUCAAUAAAAACAAGAUGGCUUGCUAACAGAUUUCACAUAUUAAUACAUUCGGGCUUUGUUUUUACUACCAGACUUUGUGUGUGUGUGUGUGUGUUGGUUUUUUUUUUUUUUUUUCUGAUAUAGAUGUCACAAUAAUUAUUAUUAUAUUUUAUUUUUAGAAUGAUGUAUUUAUUUUUCUUCACAAAUGUUAUACUGGCAGUUUAAAACCAUCUAUAAUUACAAAAUAAAUCUUUUGUAUACUAUUUUCCAUCAUCAUUUUGUACUUGCAUCUGCCCUGUAUUAGGUAUAAAAAAUGCCUGGAAACGAUCAGCACGUAGUUUCAUCGGCGCUCUCUCAUCUGACUUUGCUAUUUGUGAGCACUAAUUUCCACCUCUUCAGUCAUAAUUCCAUAUAUCUCUGCAUCACCUGUACUUGCAUACGCUCAGUUCCGGAGCAUGCACAGUGUGAAAACACAAACGUUUACUCCACCACAGGUCGGCUCUGCAUCAGGCCCUAAACCUCUUAAACCAGGGCUCAACAAGUUUUUAUAAAAUCUAGGAGCCAGCUUAAAAGUUUAGGAGCCAGAACAUUGUCUGCUACUAAAUAUGAAAACUUGCCCCAUCAAUGCCCAAACACAAUGCAUGUAUACAUACACAGGGCUGGUCUAUUCAUAGAAAAUAAUAGGUGUCAACUGCGCACUGAGGCCUAAGUAUAAGGUUCGAGGUGUUCCGCUGCUUGGCAAGGAUGCCCACCUUGUGAGGAUAACAGGAUUAAACAAUAGUUAGCAGCGCUCUGACCCCUGUAUUCAGUGCAAUUAUACAGUAGAUAUCUGUAUAUACUUAUAUCAUCAAUGAUAAUAAAGCUAAACAGUACUGUAUUUAUACUGCCCAAGUGCAGUUUACUUGGUUGAACACGUAUCAUUUCAUAACAUCUCAUAUGGUGAGUGCAGAAAAUAAGGAGGGGGUAAAAUUGCAGUAUACACAUAGUGUUUACAACCUACAAUAGAAAAAGAACUUGAAAUGGGGUAAUACUAUACCAAUUACCCUGAGUGUACUCAGUGUUGCACACCUGUGCCCACCAUUCCAAACACUACCUUGUGUACACACUGUGAGAUAAAUCUGUAAGAUUUUGACUAUAUAGUCAAAAUCUCAAGGAAAGUUAGUGCACAUCUCAAGGUGCUAGGCAGCUUGCAAUCCCGAUGUGUACUCCCAUGGGGUUGGUAUCGCAAGGCUAGAUAGACUGUGCAGGCAAGUCAAUCUUGACUAUCUAGUACAAAGUAUAGUCAAAAUUGGCACUUGGUCAAAAUCGCACAUAAACAGAAUCGAAAGUACAGAUAGUCAAAAUCUGUGCUCUGGGGGAGUUCAAGAGAAACUGCAUAGUCAAAAUUGGGCAUAGCAAGGAUCUCCCCGUGUGUACACACCUUUAGUCUUUCAGCAGUUGUGCUGUCAAACGCCUCAAACUAAAUACAAUAAGGAUAGGUUGCACUCAAAAAAUAUAGAACAGGGCUUCCCAAGUCUGGUCAUCACUCUCAGGUUAUGUUUUGAGGAUUUCUGUCUGGAAACUGGAUAACUACUAACCAAGUUGAGUAGACAGUCACCUGUGCUUGAUUAAAAACAUCCUGAAAACAUGAGCUGUUGGAGAGGACUAUUUUAAAGAAACCCUAUUCUAGGAUUCAAAGGGAGUACAAACUCCUGGCCAGAUGUUGUGUAGUAUGACGACAGAAGCAAUGUGGAGCGAUUUGGCUAUGUCUGCACAUAUUUUUCCAAUAUCUUAUAAUUAAUAAAUGCAAAAUUUUGGUUCUCUGCUAGUAAAACAAAUAGCAUUUUAAAAUGUACCACCAUAUGUCUGGCUUGUUGAAGAUACAAAUAAAAGUGCUUACUGUCAUUCCUA